GCGAUCGUCGAUUGUUUCAAAUUCUCGAAGCGGCCUCUGCCGACGAAAAUUUGAAAUUGGAACCGCCGUUCGCAGCUGUUGCGGCAAAGUUCAGACCGUACAAGCAAAUAUGGCCGCCGUCGAAGUGGAGCGUGCGAAGCUCGAGGCGAACCUUCGUAACCUUAAAUUAUCCGGUCACGUCGGAUUCGACAGCCUUCCCGAUCAGCUUGUCAACAAAUCCGUCCAGAAUGGAUUUGUGUUCAACAUCCUGUGCAUUGGGGAAACGGGUCUGGGAAAAUCAACGCUGAUGGAUUCUCUUUUCAACACGAGUUUCGAAUCAACUCCAAGUCCGCAUAGCUUGCCGUCUGUGAAGCUGAAGGCUCAUACCUACGAGCUGCAAGAGAGUAACGUUCGUCUGAAACUGACGAUCGUUGACACCGUUGGCUAUGGGGAUCAGAUAAACAAAGAGGACAGUUUCAAAGCUGUCGUCGACUACAUAGAUGCCCAGUUUGAAGCUUACCUUCAGGAGGAAUUGAAGAUCAAACGAUCUCUAUCCACUUAUCAUGACAGCCGUACCCACGUUUGUCUCUACUUCAUCUGCCCCACAGGUCAUGGUUUAAAAUCGAUCGAUCUUGUGUGCAUGAAGAAACUCGAUACCAAAGUAAAUAUCAUUCCAAUUAUCGCAAAGGCUGAUACAAUUUCGAAGACUGAAUUACAGAGAUUUAAGAGUAAAAUUAUAUCCGAACUGCAAAACAAUGGGGUUCAUAUUUACCAGUUUCCGACCGAUGAUGAAAGCGUAUCUGAUGUCAAUACGUCUAUGAACGCACAUGUUCCAUUCGCAGUAGUCGGCAGUACUGAUUUUGUACGAGUUGGAAAUAAAAUGAUGAGAUCUCGCCAGUAUCCAUGGGGCACAGUGCAGGUCGAAAAUGAAUCUCAUUGCGACUUCGUGAAAUUGCGUGAAAUGCUGAUUAGGACGAACAUGGAAGACAUGAGGGAGAAAACUCACUGCCGCCACUACGAAUUGUACCGUAAAAAAAGACUGGAACAAAUGGGAUUCAGCGAUGUGGACAGCGAGAACAAACCGGUCAGUUUUCAGCAAACCUUUGAGGCGAAGCGAUCUGUACAUCUCCAAGAACUUCAACAGAAGGAGGACGAGAUGCGUCAGAUGUUCGUCGUACGCGUUAAGGAAAAGGAAUCUGAGUUGAAAGACGCGGAAAAAGAGUAUCUUGACAAUGUUUCGCCGUUACUUAAUCAUUACUUGCAGCUGCACGUCAAGUUUGACAAGCUUAAGAAGGACCACACAGAGGAGAAGAAAAAGCUGGAAGAAAGUCGGAAGAAACUCGAAGAUGACAUCCUCGAAUUUAACAGAAGAAAAUCACAAAUCGCCCAGCAAGCUCAACACCAUACUUUGACUCUUGGUAAGAGCAAGAAGAAGUAAAAUAGAAUGGAAUCAAUUGAGAUAAGAACAAAAAGUAAGGAAGUAACUUUGAUGCCAAUAUAUGUAUUUAUUUCUAGUAUUUUCUAUUUUCAUCAUUCUGUAUACUUAACCUUUUGCGAGGCAAGUGUUUAAGACACGAUCCUCCUGUAUUAUCCAAAGUUUACAAUGAAUAGAUCUAUCCAUAUAUACAUUUAUUUUAUCUUUUUAAUAAUAAAUACUUCAUUAUAUUAUUGUAUAUCACAUAUUGUAUUGUAUUCUUGCGGCCGAGAGCUUCUGUUUACUUGUAAUGAUGAAUUUUUCUCGUUCCGUUUUUUCGUAAUUAAUCGCGGAAAUUAAUGAUCAAUUAUCGAUUUAAGUACCGAUAAAUUUCUAUCAGAGUUUAACCAUAAAUUAAGAAUUAAUUCGUCGUUUUUU